UCAAUCUUUCACAUGGAAACAAGAGUACCAGAGGAAAGUUUGGAACAGUAGUUUGGGAUCAUCUCAACGCCAAGUGUAUAAACGGAGAAUAAGCAAUACAUGCUCAGAUAACCCCGUGUAUGGCUUUUUUUUGCAUUUUUACCUAACAGCAAGUGGACUGCAAACAUUUGACAAUUUGGAGUAAUCGUCUUCUGGGGAUUUGCUGAUCACUCCUGUUGGGUUCCUGUUUAUUAUUUCGUAUUUGGAAUUUAAUUGCUUGAACAUUUUGAAGGAGGACUUUGAUGGGCUUGCACGAGCAGAUAAAGUGAACACUAGAGAGCAUCAGCCAGCGCGCUCCCACUGAGCGGAGAAGUCCGAGUCUCAAUGAUUUAUUGAGACACGGUCUCAUACAAUUGCCUGGCCCGUGGAAGCUAAACAACACAGUACAAAUCCUCUCCACCAUGGGACGACUUAUAAUAGCUGCUUUCCUUUGCGUCAUGAUAAGCCAGUGUUUUUGUUCUGGGGUUUUCGAAUUAAAACUUCAGGAGUUUCUCAACAAAAAGGGGGUGUCAGGCAACGCAAACUGCUGUAAAGGAUCUGCGUCCGAUGCAGGGAUUCAGCAAUGUGAAUGCAAAACCUUUUUUAGGAUUUGCCUUAAACAUUACCAGACCAAUGUGUCUCCAGAUCCUCCGUGUACAUACGGUGGUGCAGUCACCCCGGUGCUCGGAUCAAACUCCUUUCAAGUUCCUGAAAACUUUCCUGACAGUUCAUUCACCAACCCCAUUCCGUUCUCAUUUGGAUUUACGUGGCCGGGCACAUUUUCCCUCAUUAUCGAAGCUUUGCACACGGAUUCAAACGACGACCUGUCAACAGAAAAUCCGGAGCGUCUGAUCAGUCGUAUGACCACCCAGAGGCAUCUAACCGUGGGUGAAGAAUGGUCUCAGGAUCUUCAGGUUGGUGGUAGGACCGAGCUGAAGUACUCGUAUAGAUUCGUCUGUGACGAGCACUACUAUGGCGAGGGCUGCUCGGUCUUCUGCCGCCCGCGCGACGACACCUUCGGCCACUUUACCUGCGGAGAGCGCGGUGAAAUCAUCUGCAAUUCCGGAUGGAAAGGACAUUACUGCACUGAACCAAUCUGUCUUCCGGGAUGUGAUGAAGACCACGGAUUUUGUGAAAAACCUGGCGAAUGCAAAUGCAGAGUGGGUUUUAGUGGAAAGUAUUGCGAUGACUGCAUCCGUUAUCCUGGCUGUCUGCAUGGUACCUGCCAACAGCCUUGGCAAUGCAACUGCCAGGAAGGAUGGGGAGGCCUCUUCUGUAACCAAGAUCUUAAUUACUGCACACAUCACAAACCGUGUCAGAAUGGAGCCACUUGCACCAACACCGGCCAGGGAAGCUACACCUGCUCAUGCAGACCUGGUUUCACUGGGGCCAGCUGUGAGAUUGAAGUCAACGAAUGCUCUGGAAACCCUUGCAGAAAUGGAGGAAGCUGCACUGAUCUUGAAAACACCUACAGCUGUACGUGUCCCCCUGGUUUCUAUGGAAGAAACUGCGAAUUGAGCGCCAUGACUUGUGCCGACGGCCCCUGCUUCAACGGCGGGCGCUGCGCUGACAACCCUGAUGGAGGGUACUUCUGCCAGUGUCCGACGAGCUACGCCGGUUUCAACUGCGAAAAGAAGAUCGAUCAUUGCAGCUCCAACCCAUGCUCGAAUGGUGCCCAGUGUCUAGAUCUUGUGGAUUCCUAUCUUUGUCAGUGUCCUGAAGGUUUCACUGGGACUCACUGCGAAGACAAUAUCGAUGAGUGUGCCGCCUAUCCCUGUCAGAACGGUGGCACAUGCCAUGACGGGCUUAAUGACUAUACCUGCACCUGCCCACCUGGAUACACUGGCAAAAACUGCACCUCUCCGGUCAACAAGUGCGUCCAUAACCCGUGCCACAAUGGAGCCACUUGCCACGAGAGGGACAACCGUUAUAUUUGCGCUUGCGUCCCGGGGUACGGAGGAGGUAACUGUCAGUUCCUGCUGCCAGAGGGACACCCCUUCGCAGAAGAAGCCGGAAAAAGGUACUCUUACGAAGAGGACGACGUUGCCUUUCCAUGGACAGCGGUUUGUGCUGGGAUUAUUUUAGUGCUUUUGGUCCUGAUCGGAGGCGCCGUCUUGGUCGUCUACAUUCGCCUUAAACUGCAGCAGAGGAGGCAGACAGUCGACAGCCAUAAUGAAAUCGAGACCAUGAACAACCUGACCAACAACCGCAGUCGAGAGAAAGACUUGACCUGCGUAAGCGUCAUUGGGACGACGCAAUUGAAGAACAUCAACAAGAAAGUGGACUUUCAGAGCGAUGCCGUCGGUGGAGAAAAGAAUGGAUUCAAAUCCCGUUACUCGCUAGUGGAUUACAAUCUUGUUCACGAGUUAAAGCAGGAGGAAUUGGUAAAGGAGGAUUUGGAGAAGAGCGAAACAACAAGAUGUGAGGCUCUAGAUUCGGAUUCAGAGGAGAAACACAGAAAACGUUUAAAAAGUGAUUCGUCAUUCAGCGAUUCAUCGAAAUGUACAGAAUCUUUAUGCAAAGACACAAAGUACCAGUCAGUCUUUGUUUUAUCAGAGGAGAAGGAUGAAUGUAUUAUUGCAACCGAGGUGUAACGCACCAACAGAGCUGUAGCUCAUCUCGUUCUUCAGGAGGUUUUACUCCAGUAAUGCUGCUGAAACCAGAGGGAAAGUUUCCUUCAUGUGACUGCUGCUGUGAAACUUACGUUGAAGGUGAUAUUCAGAAUGAGCUGGUUCUCAACUGAAGUAAACACAGUGACUGCAGGAAAGGACGUUGGGCCAUACUGGCUCGGACUCUCAAAGUUUGUUUCCCAGGAAUGUGCCAAAUGGACUUGCUGCACUUCCUGUAGGGACAGUUUUACCUCAUUGCACUAUGAUGGGUUGUAUUUUGUAAUGUAUUUAACACACAAUUGAAUCGAAUACUGUGUAUGCAUAUGCACUGACUGCAGUGUGUGUCUGGAAAUUUUCUGAUCCAUUAUGUCGGUCAGAAGAGGAAAAACACUGCCAUCAAAUAUAUGUUUGUAACUGGUUGUAUUUUAAUAAGUCGUAUUUCUUUUAUUUAAAACUUAUUUGUGAUCAAAGUGUUUGUGGUUUCGUUUUUGUGUGUGUGAAGUUUGAUGUAAUUUAAUAUCUUUUUUUUUUCAUUUUGCAAAUUUGUCUAUUGUAAAUAAGGCACUUCGGGUCGAUGUGACUGGUUUCAAAUGUAAAUGUAUUUAAACAUGCUGUCAAAACGUACAGGAAUGGUUUUAUGAUUGUUGUCCAUGAAGAAAAUCACCUUACUAUUUUUUCCAAAUAAAUCCUGUAUGAA